AUGACGACUGAAACACUUCUCACAUCUCGGACUGCCGAGUAUCACGAGUCUCCGCAUGCCAGAUACUGGACUGAUGUUUCCUACAAGUACGGGGGUACCCGUCUGAAUCUGCUUGACAUAUGCGUCCCCAAAAGACAGCCUGAAGAUCCACAUCAGGCAGUAUGGCUUGUCUAUAUUCAUGGAGGAGCUUGGAGAGAUCCUUUGAUCGACCGCAAGAGUUUCAACACUGCUCUGGACCUGCUUCUCCAGGAUGAUCAACCUCACAAUAUUGCCGGGUUCGUGUCACUUGACUACCGCCUGUCUCCAUAUCCUUCGCAUCCUACAUCUCCAUCAUCUACGCACGACGACAGUCGCAAUGUGCAGCAUCCAGAGCAUCUGAAUGAUGUCCUCGUCGCUUUGUCUUUCCUUGGCUCGAGCGCUGCUAUCACAGCAGGUCGAUAUGUGUUAUGCGGGCAUAGCUGUGGCGCAACACUUGCAAUGCAAGCUACUGCUCGCUUGAGUGCCAGAUACGGUGCUAUACAGCCUCCUGUAGCCUUGUCGGGUAUGGAAGGCAUCUAUGACAUAGCUGCUUUGGUUGCUACACAUACUCAUCCAGCUUAUCGUGAGUUUGUCACGGCAGCGUUCGGUCAGAAUGAGGAGACAUGGGUCACAGCAAGCCAAUUGGUCGGCAAAAUGGAGAAGUGGCAGGGCAACGUCCUACUCGUACAGUCCAGUAGUGAUGAGUUGGUGGACAUGGAGCAAACGGACUCUAUUGUCAAGAAGCUGGUCGUGCAAGGGUUCACAAGGACAUCGACGACAUCGACAGGCAACGAGGGCAAACAAGUGCUGAAAGUGGUCAUUGAUUGCUUGCAUGAUGAGGUGUGGGAGAAAGGAACGGAGCUGGCAAAGGCGAUCAGAGUUGUCACGGAUAAGGCAUGGAUAUCUCCUGCGAAGCAUUGA